AUCCCGCGGUGACGCCGGAGGCUGAACGAGAUGAGGACGCUGGCACUGAGCCUGGCGCUGGCCCUGCUCUGCUUGCUGCACACAGAGGCUGCGGCCACAGUGCCGGACAGGAGCGAGGUUGCAGGGAAAUGGUAUAUUGUUGCUCUGGCCUCCAACACCGACUUCUUCCUGCGUGAGAAGGGCAAGAUGAAGAUGGUAAUGGCCAGAAUCUCUUUCCUAGGAGAGGAUGAGCUGGAGGUCUCCUAUGCUGCCCCCAGCCCAAAGGGGUGCAGAAAAUGGGAGACAACCUUCAAGAAGACCAGUGAUGAUGGUGAAGUCUACUACUCAGAGGAAGCCGAGAAAACGGUGGAGGUGCUGGACACUGACUACAAGAGCUAUGCAGUGAUCUUUGCAACCAGGGUGAAGGAUGGGAGGACCUUGCACAUGAUGAGGCUCUACAGCAGAAGCCGUGAGGUGAGCCCCACAGCCAUGGCAAUCUUCAGGAAGCUUGCUAGGGAGCGGAACUACACGGAUGAGAUGGUCGCUGUGCUGCCCAGCCAGGAGGAAUGCAGCGUUGAUGAAGUGUAGGAUGGCUGAUGAAUGCUGCUUCCCAAACAAAGCAAGACUAAUGUGCCAAAGCUCGAGGCUGCUGCUCUACCACCCCUAUCAUGGCUAUGAGGCAUCUCCCGCUUCACCAGCACACGGCUCCUCCUUUUUGCCCAAAUAAACAGUAACUUUCCCAAGA